AUGCCACCAACAACACCCCCCUCAACCCUCCCACCUAUGAAGGACCUCACAACCGAAAACAUAACAGAGAAUGUACACCUAGUAAACAGCCAAUGCACCGACCCCCGCCUACGCUACCUCCUACACAGAAUCGUAACGCACCUCCACGAAUUCUGCCUCGAAACCCGCCUCGGCACCGAAGAAUGGGCCGCCGGCGUGAAAUUCCUCACAGAGAUCGGGCAGAUAAGCGACGACCUACGACAUGAGAUGAUCCUGCUCUCGGACACGCUUGGUGUGUCGAGUCUUGUUGACGCAAUUAACCACCCGCGCAGACCGCCGGCGACGGAGGGGACGGUGUUGGGGCCGUUCCAUACGCAUGACGCGGAGGAUAUGAGCCACGGCGCGGUAUUACAUUCGGACCCCGAUGCGACGAAGCUGCUUGUGUUGGCUAGUAUUAAGGAUUGUGAUGGAAAUCCGGUGGACGGGGUGAAGGUUGAUGUGUGGGAAGGGGAUUCGAAGGGCUUCUAUGACGUGCAGAACCCGAAUCGGACGGGGCCUGAUGGGCGUGGUGUGUUGAGGUCUGAUGAGAAUGGGGAGUUCUUUUUCCAGGCUAUUGUGCCGGUACCGUAUCCCAUUCCGAUGGAUGGGCCUGUGGGGAAGAUGCUGGUUGCCCUGGGGAGACAUCCGAAUCGGCCGGGGCAUGUGCAUUUUAUGCUUGACAAGCCGGGUUAUGAUCUUUUGAUAACGGCGCUCUAUCCCCGUGGAGAUCCAUACGAGACGUCCGACCCGGUGUUUGGUGUGAAGGAGUCGCUUGUCGUCGAUUUGACGACGGUUGAGGACGAGGGGAUGGCGAAGAAGUACGGGGUCAAAGUUGGCACGAAGCUGCUGAAGCAUGACUUUGUACUUUUGACGGAGCCACAGGCUCGCGAGUUGCGGAAGAAGAAUGCUAUUGAGGCGAUGGAGAAACAGGGCAGGAAGGUGGUCUUUCAUAAUGAUCUGCCUAUUCCAGCGGAGAGCAGUUAA